GAUGACAUCGAGCCGCAGGCAUCAUCUGAAGAGCUUGGUGCUCCAGAUUGCGUUUGAGCUGAUUGAAGAGGAGAAAAAGGAGGCUGUGCAGGAGAAAGCUAGUUUCAUGGCUGAGCUCCCCGCCCUGGAUUUGUCUGGAGAUCAAGCGGCGCUGGUGGAAAUGCUCAAAAAGUUAGCCCAUACCAUCGACAAGGUUGACGAGGACAGAUAUGACGCAGAGUCCAAGGUGACGAAGGCAGACAAGGAGAUUGAGGACUUGAGAAUGAAAGUGGUUGAGAUCCAGGGCAUGAAGAAGCCAGCUCUGAAGAAAGUGCGUAUGUCUGCUGAUGCUAUGCUCCAGGCUCUGCUGGGCACCAAGCACAAGGCUUCCAUGGAUUUCAGAGCCAACUUGAAAGAAGUGAAGAAGGAAGUCAAAGAGGAGGCAGUGGAUGCAGUUGGUGACUGGCGCAAGAACGUUGAUGAACAGGCUGGCAUGGACGGCAGGAAGAAGAAGUUUCAGGGUUAAACACAUUCAUUUUUCAGUCAUAGUCGACUUUUGUGUUUUGUCGUAUUGUGGUACAGAGACGGAUUUCUAUGACCUUGUUGUUAGGCAUCCCUGCAGGAAGAGGAUCUUUGAUUUUAAAAUGCUGUUAUUUUUUGAUACUGUAGGUUCAACUAUGUAUUCGACACUAUGGUUUUGGAUAUUUCU